UGCGCGCGUUUUUUCAGGGCGGAAGGGGGGGGCGUGGGGCGGAAGGGGCGGGGCUUGGCGCUGUAAUGGCGGCUUCUGAGGCGGCGGCGGCGGCUGAAGGGGAAAAUGGUGAUGGGGAUGAGGACGAGGAAGCGCUGAAGAGGCUGGAGGAGCUGGUGACCGAACUUCACCGUUUCCGCGACAACCUCCCCAAGAAGCCCCGCGACCCCCACAGUGACCCCGACGGUGACCUUGGUGACCCCGCGGGUGACCCCGCUGACCCCGAGGCGCUGGCCCGGCAAGUGGAGGCGACGCUGCGGCUCAUGGACCAGGUGACAGUGUCCCCUGGCCGGCGGGCGUGGGCGCUGCUGCUGCGCGCUCAGGCGCUUGGGGUGACCCCCCAGGGGCUCCCCCUCGCCGAGCAGGCCCUGGGCCGGGCCCUGAAGCUCAACCCGGCGCUAAGCCGGGCCUGGACGCGCCUGGGGGAGCUGCGCUGGCAGCGCGGGGACCUGCAGGGGGCGCUGCUCUGCUUCCGGGGCGCGCUGCAGCACGGGGAGGAUGCGGAGGCGCAUCGGCUGCUGUCCAUGGCGCUGCGGGCCGGGGGGGCGGCGCGGGGAGGGGACAACGAUGGCGACAACAUGGCCGCCCUGCGCGAGAGCCGCCAGCAGGCCGAGGCCGCCGUGCGCUGCGACCCCACGGACGGGAACAACUGGUACGUGCUGGGCAAUGCGUAUGUGUCGCUGUUUUUUGGUGGGGGGCAGAACCCCCAGGACGCCCAACGGGCCUUGGGGGCCUAUGCACAGGCUGAGCGGGUGGACCCUAAAGCCGCCAACAACCCCGACCUGCACCUCAACCGCGCCACCCUCCUCCAAUACCAGGAGAGCUUUGGGGCGGCGCUGGACGGGCUGAGCCGCGCGGCGGCGCUGGCGCCCGGGUGGGCGGAGCCUCGGCGGCGCCACGCCCACCUCCUGGACUUCCUGGAGCGGCUGCGUGCUGCGCUGGCCAAUAGGGGGGUUUUGUGUCUCCCAGGUGCGGCCCCGGGGGGGGCGGAGCCGCCGGCGGGGACCGGAAGUGGGCGGAGCCUCGGGGGGAAGCGGGGCCAGCGACGGGCUCCACCCCCUGCGUCCAGGAGCCAAUCCCGGGCAGGUGCUGAGUGGGCGGGUCCUGUUCACCCUGAGCCCCCCGGAGCGUGUCCCACUGGCGCUGGGCGUGGCCGUGGGGGGCGGGGCCGUGGCCGUGGUCACUGUGUACAACGCGGCGCCAGAGUGGGGGGUUGGGGUGGGGGAGGGGCUGUCGGUGCCCAACCCCCACCUGACCCUGCACCAGCACCUGCACCAGGGACAGGGCCCGGAUUCGCCGCCCCCCCACACACACACCUCCCGGACGCCAUGCACGGCCGGCUUAAGCUCCGCCCCCCGGACGCCUCCCAUUUGCUGAAGCGCCAGCACAAGCUCCGCCUCUUCCUGGAAAACAUGGCGGCCCUGCGGGACAAGAGGUCGCGGGGGGAGCUGGAUGCUGAUUUGCUGGAGGUCACGGGGUCCAUCCUGGCGGCCAAUCCGGAGACGGGAACAGCCUGGAGCCUGCGGCGCCGCCUGCUGGGGACACUGGGGCACCAGUGGCAGGAGGAGGAGCUGCGGUUCGUGUCCGCGUGUCUGUCCCGCAGCCCCAAGUCCUACGGGUGUUGGCAGCACCGGGGGUGGGUCCUGGGACAGACGGACGCCAAAGCGCCGGCGAUCAGCACCGGGAUGCUGGACAGCGACCCCAGGAACUUCCACGCCUGGGAGCACCGCUGGGCGCUGGAGGCUGAUCCUGACCCCGAGGUUGAACUGGGAUUUACUGGGACCUUACUGGGCCGCGACUUCUCCAACUUCUCGGCCUGGAACCAUCGGCUGCGCAUCCUGCGCCGGACGCCUGGGUCCCCUGGCCGGGGAGGGGCCAUCCCCCCCGAGCGCCUGCGGCAGGAGCUGGAAUUGGUGCAAAACGCCGUUUUCACCGACCCCAACGACCAGAGCGCCUGGGUCUACCUGCGCUGCUUGCUCUCGCGGGGCCCCACCCCCCCGAGGAUCAUCUGGGUCCACGUGAACCUGGAGGACGCGACCGUGGCCGUGACCUUCUCACGACCCCUCUGGGUGGGGGAGGGGCUGACGUUGACACUGGACGGCUCUGCCCAGGAAGGGGCGUGGCGAUCGGGGGAGGGGCGGCCACGCCCCAGCCACACCUGGCUCUUUGACCUGCCCCCCUCUCUGGCUCCGCCCCCUUCCCACAUCCUGGUCACGUGGGCUCCAGACCCCGCCCCCCGGCAGCUGAAGCUCCGCCCAGGUGAAACCGAGGCGUGGUGGCAGGAGCCAGUUGCAUCGCGGGAUCUUUUCUGGCCGGAAGUGGGCGUGGCCGACCCAGAGCUGCUCCAGGAAGUGGUUGGAACCUGCCGGGAGCUGCUGGAGCUGGAGCCGAAGAGCCGGGGUUGCCUGCUGACCCUGUCUCUUCUCUUGGGGGCGCUGGACGCGCCGGGAAACGGCCCCGAGAUCCAAUCGAUGCUGCGGGAGCUACAGGAGGCGGAUCCACUGCGUGGGGGAUUCAUCCAUGACCUGCGGUCGCGGGCGGAGGUGGCGCUGGGGCUGCUGGGGGCGGAGCUUGCACAGGGGGGCGGGGCCUGUGAGCUCCGCCUCCCCAGGAAGGCGCUGACGUCACUUCCUCUGCUGGAGUGGGCGGGGCCGGUGACGGAGCUGGAUCUGAGCGGGAACGGACUGCGGGGGGUCCCCAAAAACAUGGGGGCGCUGAGGAGGCUGAGGGUUCUGGACUUGUCACUCAACGAGGUCACGACCCUGCGGGGGUUCCCACCCCUCCCCCGCCUGGAGGAGCUGGAUCUCCAUGGAAACCCGAUCGGCGACGCCUCCGCCCUCACCCCAUUGGCCGCCUGCCCCCAGCUGCGCCGCAUCCGAUUGGCCGACACGCCAUUGGCCGCCGUCCCUGAGAGCUCCGCCCGCCUGGCCCAGCUCCUCCCGCAGGUGACCAUCGCUCUCGCCUGAUUGGUCGGCGCCCCUCGGAGACUCCGCCCACUGCCCCGCGCCCCACCUUAAGGGGGAGGGGAAGCAAUGAAUAAAGUGAUGUCACCACAAA